AACAUCAACCACAGCGUGAUAGUCCAACCUUUCCUGUUUAUUGCUCGGGUGAAAAAGCUCAAUUUAUAGUUUACCAUCGAUUUUCCUACCGUAGGUGUUGUUUUGUCGUGAAUAGGUCCGAUAGCUUGUGAAAAAUAACCAGAAACCACUGAACGACAGCCAACCAAGCGAAACCCUGCGCCCAGAAUGAAUCGAAAUCGCGGAAACUUCAGCUUUCAGAUGCGUCGCAAUCGAUCAAUACAGCCACAGCAUAACGCAAAGGACCAAAGCCGCAGCUACUCCCUGAAUGCGGUUCCCCCACCUAGUUCGUUAUGCGUCAGAGCGUCGGGAGUACCUCCGCCGAAAUCCUUCAAUCAGGGUUCGGGCAUUUCCAAGCAUGGCUACCAUACCAUAGAGUCAAUGCAUCAGUUUUCCAAUCCCUCGCAAUAUUCGGUUGGCAAACGCCGCGGCAGAACGGAAGACGAAUAUUUCGACGAGGAGGACGAACCUGCCGGGCAGCAUUUAGAAUACAUACCAGCGCCGGGUUCUCCAUCGGCAGACGAUACAGCUCCAAAGGCCAAUAAUUCAUCCGACGAUGAGGAAGAUCCGCUAGAUGCGUUUAUGGCUGGCAUCGAAGAACAGGUGAAGAUAGAGAACAUGAAAAUUCCACAGUCGCAAGUGGAUCCUAAAAAAGGCACUCGCGGCGACAUUGACGAUGAAGAUGACGAGGAAAGCUACUACCGAUACAUGCAGGAGAAUCCGCACGCCGGCCUAAUGGAGGAAGGUUCUGAUGCUGAGCUGGAGUACGACGAGGAUGGUAAUCCAGUGCCACCACCAAGACGCCGGGAAAUUGAUCCCCUUCCGGCUAUCGAUCAUUCGGAGAUUGAAUAUUUGAAGUUUGAGAAAAACUUCUACAUCCCCCACGAGGAUAUUGUCAAUCUGUCGCACGCGAAAGUACAGGAACUUCGUCAGACGCUGGGUGUUAAAGUAAGCGGCCCAAUGCCACCACAUCCCGUCACCAGUUUUGCCCACUUUGGAUUUGACGAAUCGCUGAUGAAAGCGAUCCGCAAGUCGGAGUACAGCACACCGACACCGAUACAGGCCCAGGCGAUUCCGGCCGCGCUAAGUGGCCGUGACAUUAUCGGUAUCGCCAAAACGGGUAGCGGUAAAACGGCCGCUUUUCUGUGGCCAAUGCUGGUGCACAUCAUGGAUCAGCGUGAGCUAGGGCCAGGCGAUGGUCCGAUCGGGUUGAUUUUGGCGCCGACCCGCGAGUUGUCACUGCAAAUCUACAGCGAGGCUAAGCGCUUCGGAAAGGUGUACAACAUAAGCAUCUGCUGCUGCUACGGCGGAGGCUCGAAAUGGGAGCAGAGUAAGGCGCUCGAGCAGGGUGCGGAAAUAGUGGUCGCUACGCCGGGUCGCAUGAUCGAUAUGGUGAAGAUCAAAGCGACCAACCUGCAGCGAGUAACUUAUCUGGUGCUGGACGAAGCGGACAAAAUGUUCAACAUGGGGUUCGAACCGCAGGUGCGCUCAAUCUGCAACCACAUUCGCCCGGACCGGCAGACACUGUUGUUCAGUGCGACUUUCAAGAAGCGUGUGGAAAAACUGGCCCGCGACGUUCUCACCGAUCCGGUGCGCAUCAUUCAUGGUGACCUGGGAGAAGCCAACUCGGAUGUAACGCAACACAUCGUUAUUCUGCCGAACGUGCCGAGCAAAUGGAACUGGCUGCUAACCAAUCUGGUGCAGAUACUGUCCGAGGGAAGCGUACUGAUCUUCGUCACGAAAAAGGCCGACGCUGAACAGGUGGCCAACAACUUGCGGCUCAAGGAGAACGAUGUCGUGCUGCUGCACGGCGAUAUGGACCAGUCGGAGCGAAACUCGGUCAUCACUCGAUUUAAGCGUAGAGACGUAGACAUCAUGGUGGCUACGGAUGUAGCAGCUCGUGGUCUCGACAUUCCCCACAUCCGCACCGUGGUCAAUUACGAUAUUGCACGCGACAUCGACACGCAUACGCAUCGCAUUGGGCGUACGGGACGUGCUGGGGAGAAGGGUACGGCCUACACGUUGAUCACCGACAAGGAUAAAGAGUUUUCCGGCCAUCUGGUGCGCAAUCUGGAGGGUGCCAACCAGGAAGUGCCAGAAGAUUUAAUGAAGCUUGCCAUGCAAAGCUCUUGGUUCCGAAACAGCCGUUUCAAGCAGACGAAUAAGGGCAAAAACUUGAAUGUCGGUGGAGCGGGGCUAGGAUUUCGCCAGCGAGCAGUUCACCGAGGGCCGAUGAGCCGUCCACUGAAUGCUGCCACCUCACCGGAUGAAGCCGAACCGUCCGAACCAGCGGCCGGUUCGUCGAAGGGUCCGGCCACCGAUCGUUUGUCUGCCAUGCGGGAAACUUUCCGCGCACACUACAACGCACAGUUUAAAGCGUCCAGCGAUAGAACGUGGGAAAAGACAGUGCCGGAGGGAGGCGUUUUCGUUAAGCCAACAGUAUCACGAUCUGAAGCGACGGCAGGCGAGCCCGAGACUUACGAGCAAGCGGGAAACGAACCGUCCCAAGAUAAUGACAUGAUUCCUCGGAAGAAGAAAAGCAGAUGGAACUAGAACACGCCGACACCCCAAUGUUUCGAGUUCGAAGCUAGAACCACAGGUUUUGUGUUGCUAAGCGAUUCCAGGCGAGAAAGUCCAGUCUCUGAAGAUAGCAAAGAAGCUAAACAUAGUGUAGCUUCAGGAGGAGCCGUCACCCGGCAGGAUGUUUUCUUCAAAGGAGCUCCCAGAUGGCGCCUCUGUUUCAUCAAAGCUUUUAGUUGUGACAAGAACCAUUCGACAACUUCUAGCAGGGACACAGCUUGAUCGAUUUAUGUUUGCCAAAAUCUGAAUAAUAAUAUGAUUCUCAGUCGGCUUACAGUGAACAUUAUCAAUUAAACGUCCUUUUAUAAAAUGAAGCCGUUUCCCAGUAGCAAAAGACUCAACCCAUAUCACAAGUGAUUUCAGCCACACGCGUAACCGCAAUAUUAAAAGAGCAAUCAAAUGUCAAACGCAACUGUUAACAUCGAAGGAGCCUAUAAUGAACCGACCUUUGUGUUUGUGCGCUGGAACGCUGCAUGAAGCUGCUGCGUCUUCUAUGCACACGAAUAUUCAAGUGUUAACAAUAAAGUGCUUGCCGGCUAAGCUGUACAGUUAAUAAACUCA